AUGAAUUAUAAGGAUCUAUUUGGACAGGGGAUUGAAAAGAGGAAGUGUGACUUCAAGUGUCAUCCCCGGCUCCGCCUUCUCUGGCUUCUUGGCUUAAGGUAUAAAGUGGGAGUGGAGAGGACUUUAGCGCUCACUUUGUGCUCAGUUUACACACAUCGCCCCAUUUCUCUGGACAUCUCACAGCAGUCUGAAAACGGCCGUCCCGGUGGGCUGGAGCUGGCGCCCGGAGCGCCGGUUGCGUGGCGCCCGGGGAGAGCGCGCCCCACCUGGGCCGGGGAGGCCGCAGCACCCGCCCCGCGGGAGGGGCGGUGCGGGGGGCGGGGGCCGCGGGCGGGGCAGGGCCCGGUGGGGCUGCGCGUGGCCGGCCGCGCCGGCUGCUCGGGGGCCGCCGCUCUCCGAGGAGGUCAGCCCUUGUUCCGAAGGUCUGUGCUUCGCCGGCGCCGCAGAAUGCUGGCCACGAGGACCCUGUGGCUGGCGCUGUGCGCGCUGGCGCGGCUGUGGCCCGGGGCUCUGGCCGGCUGCGUCGAGGCGGGGCGCUGCUGCCCGGGCCGGGACCCCGCCUGCUUCGCCCGCGGCUGGAGGCUGGACAGGGUCUACGGGACAUGCUUCUGCGACCAAGCCUGCCGCCUCACCGGGGACUGCUGCUUCGACUACGACAGGGCAUGCCCAGCUCGCCCGUGCAUCGUGGGGGAGUGGAGCCCCUGGAGCGGCUGUGCGGACCAGUGCAAGCCCAUGGCCCGCGUGCGGAGGCGCCAGGUGCAGCAGGAGCCCCAGAACGGCGGGGCGCCCUGCCCGGCCCUGGAGGAGAGAGCUGGCUGCCUGGACUACUCGACGCUGCAGGGCCAGGACUGCGGGCACGCUUUCGUCCCUGCCUUUAUAACUACCUCUGCAUUCAACAAGGAGAGAACAAGACAAGCUGUCUCCCCGCAGUGGUCUACAGACACAGAGGACACUGGAUACUGUAUGGAGUUCAAGACUGAGUCAUUGACUCAUCACUGUGCCCUGGAAAACCGCCCCCUGACACGAUGGAUGCAGUACCUACGAGAGGGAUACACUGUGUGUGUUGAUUGUCAACCUCCAGCUAUGAACUCCGUGAGCCUCCGUUGUUCCGGAGAUGGCCUGGACUCUGAUGGAAAUCAGACUCUCAUUGGCAAGCAGUUGGCAAUCCUCGAUGUCAAGGAACUUGGAAAAAAGUUCGGCGAGUAGACCAGUGUUCGUGUCCAGCUGUGCACAGUUUUAUAUUUAUAUAGAAUGCAAGGUAAAUAUUUCAAAAUCUGCGUGUAAACAUGAUAAAUAUUAUCAAGUCACGUUCAACACUUCAUAAACCUUUAAAAAUUGUGUGGCCAGAUUUUUGAACAGAUGUCAUUGCUACCCUCUGAAGUGGAGAAAGAAAAUUUAGGGGCCAGUUCUCAGUAAACACACCUUUAUUUUUAUUUUUAUUUAUACUGAGUUGAGGACCACCUUAAAGUCUCCUGUGGUUUUAUGUCCUUGACCUUCCACAUAGAGGCCCUUCAUUCUAUAGGUGGCCCAUGCGCCACAAAAUACAUGUCUCUUUGCACUAAAAUUACUGUAACAUGGUCCAUUUAUUGGUGAAUAAGUUGUCAUUUAAGGAUAUGCAUGCUUUGAAUCUUGCAUUUUUCUCCUUUUCUGUAAUCUUCAAAUCUUCUUGCUUUAAAAAUGUAUACAUAUAUAUGUACACUCUCACACAUACAUUUCUCAUUUAUUAUUCCACAAAUUCUGAAAUGAUUAAUUUCAAGCAAAUUUUCACAAAUAAUUUUCCACAGAACAAAUGAUUUAAGAUUUAGUAAGCAUUUUGUAAUAUAGAAAACAAGCUAUGCUAAAAAUACAUUUUUGAAAAGAAAUAUUCUUCAGUUAAUUGAAAAGAUCAAGUAUUCAUUCUAGAUCAAUAUGAGUGUCUUUAAAUAUUAUACUUUUCAUAAUGAGAAAUUCUGGCACCAGUGAAUGAAAAAAUUGCCUUAAUUAUGAAAAUUCUACCAUCAUUAGUGUCUAAAAUUAUUUCCAAGGCUAAAGCCUGAAACUGACUAAAAUAAUCUUUCAGAGUCAGUAUCAAGUUGAAGCCAACAUACUACGAUACUUGUUUUCUACGGCAUUCAUUUUAUGUUUUGAGUAGGAGGCAGAGGAAUAGAUUAUUGAAGGCUGGGAUUUUAUUACAAAUACUCUGACCUCACACACAUACACACAGAGUUAUUAGUCUUAUUUUAUGGUUGGAAAAUCAAUGAACCAGGAACCAAGUGGCCUGUUUAAGCAUCUGGGACAUCAUUCUGCACAUCAACCCCAGAGCCACAUCUCGCUUCUCAUCCCAAACUCGGCUUUGAUGAAAAGCUGAACUGUGCCAAAGACUGCUGUGAAAGCUAAGCCCUUUUCAUUUUUGAAACAAAUCUUAAAAUUCAUGAUGUUUUCUUUGGAGAAUUGAAUCUCGAGAUUUAAACUACCUGAGAUUCCUUCAGUUUCAUUUGUAUAAAAUAUUAUUCACUAACAAAUGAUUUACUAAAAUACAUAUUUCUUGAUACUUAUGUAAUGACAGAAUGACAAUAGUAAGCUUAAUAGAGAUGGAAAAAUGCCCAAUAUUUAAUGCUGAGAGUAGCAAUAUUCCUGACUAAAUAUUCAUUUAACUGUCAGAGUUGUUUUUGUGGUAAGUUAAA